UACAAAAUGUGCACCUAAUUUGUUUUUUAUUUUACAUUUGUGUGGUCUUCCUCUUUCUGAUGCCACUCUGGGCAACAAGCUACCUGGUCCAUAUUAAAAACUGCCACUGCUGAUAAAUGUAAAAACCACAAUCAUUUUUUUUUCUUUUUAUAGGCAAUAGCUCUCUGUCAAUUUUUAGAAAACAACCAGCAACAAAUGAACCUGAUGGACAAAGCAGUGCUAGAGCUCGGAGCUGGAACGGGCUUACUCUCCAUCGUGACAAGUUUGUUAGGUGCCUGGGUGACGGCUACUGAUCUGCCUGACAUCUUGUCUAAUCUGUCCUUCAACCUUCGCCGGAAUACCAAGGGCCGUUCCCGCUACAUCCCUCAGGUGGCUGCCCUCUCCUGGGGCCAGGAGCUGGAGCGAGACUUCCCCUUCCCGUCCUACCGCUACGAUUAUGUGCUUGCAGCUGAUGUGGUGUAUCACCACGACUUCCUUGAGGAACUGCUGAACACUAUGCUUCACUUCUGCAGACCAGGGACGGACGCUGCAGAAUCUUCUGCCAACCGGAUGGCCAGACCGUGGAGAGGACGGGUGUGA